AUGGCGGACCUCCGCCUCGACGGCGACAUCCGGAACUGGGUCUUGAUCCCGAUCACGAUCGCGAUGUUCCUCGUCGGCGUCGUUCGUCACAACUUCGGGAAGUUGUUAAAGUCCGACGCCAAGGUGGAUCUGAAGGCGCUCCGCGAGGCGCAGGCGGUGAUACGCGCGGAGCGCGUGCGAAACAACGCCGGGUACAUCCAGUCCCACGGGUUCAGGCAGCGCCGGCACUUCUUCUGCCACGAGACCACGGGCGUGUUCUCGAAGAAGUCCGAGAAGCUCAACCCGCAGCAACAGAUGAUGUCGGACCCGUCGAUGAUGACGGACAUGUUGAAGAAAAACUUGAACAUGAUCGUCCCGCAGAUGCUCACCGCGGGGUGGGUGAACUUCUUCUUCACCGGGUUCGUCGUCGGUAAAGUGCCGUUCCCGCUCACGCAGCGAUUCCGCGGGAUGCUCCAGCGCGGGAUCGAGCUGAAUUCCCUCGACGUGUCGUACAUCUCGUCUCUGUCGUGGUACUUUCUCAACUUUUUCGGGCUGCGCGGCGUCUUCUCGUUGUGCCUCGGAGAGAACACCCUCGACGACGCGCAGGCGAUGCAACAACAGAUGGCGAUGGGGAUGGACACGAACAAGGCGUUCGGGGCGGUGAAAGAGAGUUUGGACAUGCUGCAGCACGAGUUCUUGUUGCACGUCGCGGAGGGGAGGGCGGAGCGGUUGUUGAGAACGCUCGAGCGAGGAUCCGCCGCCGCCGACGCGGAGGCUCUCGCGCGUCGAGACUGA